AAUUAGAGAACAGUAACCACUGUAGCACGAAAGAAGAUUAUAACAAAAAGUUUGGAGAGUUGCCGCUUUCAAAAAGUAGAGGCCCUUACUUUGAAUAACUUCAGCACAUCUGCAGCCGCCAGGACAUCACACUGCGCUGGUGUGAUCUUGAUCCACUCCUCUUCCACUCUCUUUCAUAGUUUGGUAGCUGUAGUGGGUUUCUUAGCCAUACCUUUGUUGCCAGAGAAUUUUAAUCAGAAUUUAGAUCAGGACUCUGGGCCCACCAUUUCAUUAUUUCAUUGUUCUUAGCUUCAAGGAACUGCUUUACUCGUUUUGUAGUGUAACAUGGAGUAUUGUCUUGCAUGCAAAAUUGCAGGCUGAUUGUUAGAUGCUUGCAGGAAACUGCAUGUUACCGCAGGAGGUUCUGAUAAACAUUUGCAUUCACUCUGCCCUGUAUGAGAAAACAUUCCCCAAAGCAUGACACUUCCUCCACGUUUAACUGACUUGUUUGACACCGAAUAAUGUAUCCCAUCUGACCCAAAUAAAUUAAACGUGCUCUCAGCACUAAAGCGAAUGAACCUUGGACCAGUUCUCCUUUAUCCACACAACAUGCUCCUCAGCAAAGGUGAUCUAAGCCUUAUGAUUCUUUCUGCUGAUGAGUGGCUUUGUCACUGCAGUACACUUUUAGUCCGACUUCUCUUAAACAGAUCCUUACCCUGUUCAUCGUUCAACUGGCGAGCAAUUCCAGCUGCAGUUUAGAAUUACCGCUUGCUUAGUGAGAGUCUCUGCAUUAUCCUGUCGUCUCAUGCAUUUGUUUUACGUGGACGACCAGCCUUUUUGUGGGACUAAUUAGUCACUAUUAAUUAGUCACUGUAAAGAUGCAAUAUUCGCGAAAUCACAGAUUUGGAAUGACCAGCUUCUCUUGCAAUGACUGAUUGGGUCAUCCCUUUGGCCUUCAUCUGGACAAUCUCCUGUCACAGAGUUUCUGUCACCUUAGAGCAGCCCGCAAUCUUGCAAACUCAGUGAAAAUUAGAGGAAUGCUGCCAGUUAAAUAUGGUUUGUCAUAUAAUUAAGGAAAUUACCAGAUUAACACCAAUAACUUGGAGGUAUCGGUAGUGACUGAACCAUUUGUGCCACAAGAUGUUUCUAGCCAAGAAACUUAUUGGAGGCAUUAUUGAUGUGGUCAGCAAUAUUGACCCUGGCCAGUUUGUGCCUUCAGAUCCUCCCCCACCCCGCAGACCGCUGGCUUAUGCUGAGGCCAAUGAGUCUGAAGAAGAGAAGCAGUUCCGCAGAGUGUUCCAGCAGCUCGCUGGAGAUGACAUGGAAGUAAGCCCCAAUGAACUGAUGAAUAUCCUCAACAAAAUCAUUUCCAAACAUGGUGAUCUGAAGACAGAUGGCUUUACCAUCGAGUCAUGUAGAAGUAUGGUGGCCGUCAUGGAUAGUGACAGCACAGGUAAACUGGGCUUCCAUGAGUUUAAACACCUCUGGAACAACAUCAAGAAAUGGCAGGGAGUUUAUAAGAGUUAUGACAGGGAUCGCUCAGGAACUAUUGGAGCAGAUGAGCUUCCAGCUGCCUUCAGAGCUGCAGGUUUCCCUUUGAAUGAUCAGCUCUUUCAGAUGAUUAUUCGCCGGUAUAGCGAUGAGAGCGGAAACUUGGAUUUUGACAAUUACAUUGGUUGCCUUGUGAGACUUGAUGCCAUGUGCCGUGCCUUCAAGACUCUCGACAAAGACAAUGAUGGCACAAUCAAGGUCAAUGUUCAGGAGUGGCUGCAGCUGACAAUGUACUCUUGAGCGAUGCGAAGGCCUGCAAUCAGUUCAGUGCUUAUAUGCAAUAAUGACUUUAUGCUUUACACUGCUCUCUCUCUCUCGUUUCUCACACAGUAUAGCACUAAUUCCAGAGAAACACCAGCAUGGAGCUGGUCAACCACUGGGGUUAUGUGGGUCGCUUCACUGUGCCAUUUCUUUCUCUAUAAGUUUUACUUUUACAAUUUCUUAAAGUGCGUUUAGCCCAUUAGUAGCAUUGUUCAACAAAAAAACUAACCAAAGAAAGAAAAUUACAAUAAAUGUGUCAUAGAAAAUGAACAAAUAUGCUCUUAUGAAGAGUCUAGGUGCAGUCACAAAUAUGCAAAACGUAUUACGUAUUCAUGUCAGUCGGUGCCAUUUGUGCAUGAAGCCAAUGGGGGAUAGAAGCGGUAAAAAAAAAAAAAUUGCCACGAGUUCAUGAUGAAAAUCUGGUGUCAAAUGCAAUUUUAUAUUAAAUAAAAAGUAUAAAGUGAUAAA